GCCUUAUCCGUCUUGUCACGCAUGAAACAUAAAGAUUUUCGAUUAUUGAUUUGGAACCCCGUACUCAUAUAGAAAUUUUGUUGUCUAGGUUACUGCUUAAAUAUGAUCUGCAAUUCCUAAGUGCAGACUCGUUCAAUUCCUUCAAUUUAAACAAAGUUCUGAAACAGGCCAAGAGGUUAGGGUCACUGUUGCUAAGCCCUCCAAGUAUCACAAGCUUAAGCUUGACAAAUUAGAGUGGAGAUGGCUAUGACUUGCAAAAUGAGAAAGAGUUCUGAAAAGCACAAGAGCGUUAGUGUCUUUCAAUGGGUAGAUUUGCCAAAGGAUCCUCUUACUGAAGUUUUCAAGCUUUGUAACCCUACAGAUGCGUUAAUGACUCUUCCAUUAGUUUGCAAAUACUGGGGUCGGAUCUUCUUGGAGCCCAUAAUUUGUAAACAAAAAGAUAAUUGUUUGAAUUUCAUGCCACUUAGGGAGAAACCUUUUUAUGAGUUCUUUUACCAAUCAGAGGACAAGAAUACAAGAGCAAUGAGAUUGAUGAAAUUGCUUGUGGGUGUUAUGCAUGCAUUUGCCUGUGAUAAUCAAAGUGAUGCGGUGGGUAAUGAUGUUGGGGUUACUCCGAUAAUAAAAAUUAUUUUUCCUCAUGAUCUUCCCCUACACGAAAGACACUUUGUUUAUGUCGCGGAAAGGUGUCCACAGCUCAAAUCCAUCAUCCUCCCCUGCGCCCGAGACGUUACAGGCAAAGGGAUAACAAGGGCAAUGCGAUUCUGGACUGGCAUGGAAGAGAUGACUCUUGCUCUAUUUUGUCGCCGACUACAGUAUGACUUGCAGCUCUUUGGGACUAUCAAGGAAAUUCGAAAAAGUUGUAAAAAUCUCCAUUGCCUUCAGUUAAAUGGCUUUGACUUGAAUUCCAAAUCAGCAGAUAUUCUCGUCCGGAGUUUGAAGUCUUUGAAGUUGUUAUGCCUUUCUGGUGCUUAUAUUCACAAACAGGGGCUGCAAAUUUUUUUUUCAAGAUACAAUGAACUUGACAAAGUGAAGUUUCUUGGUUGUAUCUUUUUUACCAGUGAAGGCAGGGAACUUGUGAGCGAAAUAAACAUAAUGAGGAUUCAAGAACGUCGUAAAACCAGGUGGAGGACAGAUAAAUAUCCUGAUGACAUUGGCAAAUUGCACACUGCUGAAGAGCUGGUUGAUCUACUUUGGAAGUGGUAAAGCAGAUAUUUGAGGAUGUACAUGGUCACAGGAGUAUCAUUUGAGAAAGUUUUUAUUGUUUUGCAUUCCAGAAAUCCAUUACAUAGUUAUUUUUUGUCAGGUCGAUUACAUGGUUUUCUAAACGAGUUUUACACCUAAAUCCUUUUCAUUUUGGCUUCUGGACUGCGGAAGCACCCAAAAAUUGAUUGCUUUUGUCUUCUCGUACUCCCUCAAGGAAAACUCUCCUUUCUCAACCAAUGAUUAAAGGUAUUCAUUAUUA